AUGGAGCCCAACAGUCCCAAAAAGAUACAAUUUGCUGUGCCUUUAUUCCAGAGUCAGAUUGCACCUGAAGCAGCUGAACAGCUGGGCCUUUGUUUUUCACAGAUCAGGAAAAGAAGACCUACACCAGCAUCACUUGUGAUUCUCAAUGAACAUAACCCCCCAGAAAUAGAUGACAAGAGAGUGACCAACACACAAGCAGAAUCACAGAAUGCAUCCCCUAAGCAAAGGAAGCAGAGCGUGUACACACCACCCGCCAUGAAAGGGGUUAAGCAUAUGAAAGGCCAGAAUGAAUCAGCAUUUCCCGAAAAAGAAGAAGGCGUGAACGAGAGAGAAGAGCUGUGGGACCAUUAAUAAUGGGUCUGCAGCAAGAAGUCUUCUUGGGAAUAACUGAACUAUUAACUUUUCUGAAUAUCCCAUGGAACACCACUGCUUGACUUCCAUCUCUGCUCGCCACACUCACAAAGUAGUAAUACACCUCCUGGGAAGUGCCCCUUGAUGGAACUUUAGAACUACCUACUGAUCAUUCCAUAUUACUUACAAAUAAAAAAUAAGUAUUUAUUUUACAACAGUGAUUUUCUUUUUAACAACAUAGAAAUUUGCAAACAUGUGAGUGUUCUAACUUUAAUACUGCCCAGCUUAAUCCCUGAUGUCCUACUGAUAACGAUUUGCCUUCU